CAGCAGUGGAAGAGGGGACAGAUUCAGUAUUUGACGGGAGAGACCAGGGGAAAGAUCCAAGGAACGCCUGCACAUUUCAACAAGGGAUGGAACGAAUUAAGACUUUGUUUCUGCUCUGUUUGGUGGCAUUUACUACCUCUGUGACAUCCAGACAAGACAAUGUGUGUUUCAGACCUCAGCUGGGCGACAAUAUCGAGAUGAGUGGGUUCCAGAGGUUCUACAGCCCCGGCGAAGAGAUAGCGCUCUCCUGUAAACAGGGUUACACCCCCGUGUUGGGACCGCGGACGAUUGUUUGCAUUGCCAGCGGAGAGUGGACCACAACCAAAUUACUGUGCAUACCAAAACGGUGCCCCUAUCCUGAUCAACUGUCUAAUGGAGAACUGGACUACGAGGAUACUGGGUACCAGAGUAAAAUCAACUACACCUGUAAUGAAGGGUACACCCUGAUUGGAGCCGACACCGCUGAGUGCCUUGCCAAUGGAACAUGGAGCACAUCAGUACCAGAGUGCAAACCUGUGACCUGUGGACUCGCUCCAAUCCCACAGUUUGGGAUGAUAGUUUAUGACAGGAGGAUCAGUGGGAACACCACUGAAUACGGCGACCGGGUGACGUACAAGUGUCUGCCACCACACGUAGUUGUUGGCGACCCAAGAGCAGAGUGCACUGCCAGCGGUACCUGGACCAAGACACCUGAAUGUCAAGUGGUGACCUGCCCUCUGCCAGGGAAUAUCGACAGAGGCUACGUGUCAAGCAAUGACCACAGGGACUAUGACUUCGGGGAAACUGUCAAAUAUGGCUGCACUGGAGACUAUGUGCUUGAAGGAAACCUUGAGAUUGUCUGUCAGCAGAAUGGGAAGUGGUCUGAAAAGCCAUCCUGCAAGGCUCCGUGCAGCAUUGCCAUACCGAGAGGUAGGAUACUCUACAAAGGCCGAAAAAUCUGGAUUGAAGACCUGAGCCCUAACAGAGUCUUGCACAAAGAUAUCGUCUCAGUCUACUGCAGGGACAAAGCCAGGAACUGUGGUUACGCCGUGCCAACCCAGUGCAUUGAUGGAAAACUCAAAAUCCCAGACUGCUUUGAACAUCCCAGCAGUACCGAGUAUAACCUUCAUUCAAGUUCACUUCCAUCAGAAAUCACACAGUGCUGAGACAGCAGAAGGUCCCUUCUCUGGUGAUUGUCAAACCAGUACAAUAUGGAAAAGUUGGCUGUGUGUUCUGCUCUCUAAAAAUAAAGAAUAUGGUCUGACUCAA